AUUGAAGCACCUAUCUAUUUUUUAUAUAAAUUGGUGAAAACUGGCCUCCUGGAUCCCUUCAAUAAGACACUGCUUUACAGGCACAUCAGAGAUCCAGAUGAACUGGAGAGAGUCCUUAAUAACAAAGAGGCUCAAAGGUGUUUCAUUGUCAAUGAGUUUUAUGGCACAAUAGUCAGAGAGUAUCUUGAAGCAAACUACAUUCAGUAUAAAAUCCUUUCCUUGCCCACCACCAAAGAAACCAAAUCCAUGGAUUUGGUACUUGAUAUCUUGCAAGAAGUGCAAAGCUUUGGCAUUGACAGGUGCACAGCACCUAUUAUAGCAAUUGGAGGAGGGGCGUGCCUGGAUAUUGUGGGACUGGCCGCUUUGCUGUACAGGAGAUGAACAACUUACACCCGAGUCCCCACCACCCUCUUGUCAUAUGUGGAUUGCACAGGCAAUUUCCUUCAAUGCAAAAACAAGCUUGGGAGCUAUGUUCCACCUGUUGCCACCUUCCUCAACAGAGCCUUCAUCAAAACAGUCCCUCACCAGUACAUCUCCAAUGGACUUGGGGAAAUUUUAAAUAUGAUACUAAAGGAACACAAAGGCCUGUUUGACUUGCUGAAAAGUCAUGACAAAUUCUUACUGGAUACUAAGUUCCAGUUGCACAAUGGCUUAGUUGAUCAUGGUGAUGCUGCACUGAAGACAACCAGAAUUGCCAUAGAAACUAUGCUGGAAGAACUUGCCCCAAAACUCUGGGAAGAUGAUAUGAAUAGCCCAGAACUGGAAAUGGGAAUUUUACCAACACUGAUGCAUGGAAAAGCUGUGAAUAUUGAUAUGACUUUCAUGACUUACCUGUCUUAUGUGAAGUGA